AUGAAAAGUUUAAAUUAUCGAUUUCCUCAUUCAAGAUAAGAUUCUGGUUAAAUGAACUUAACACGAUCUCAAUUGGGAUAGGCCCAGUAAGUGACGAAUGUACUAAAUAACCGAUAGAAUGAAUAAAAUAUUGAUAGGUCACCAGCGCCGAUGGUACACGGUUUGCAUAAAUUGGCAGUACCAUCAAGUUAACAAUCAUCAGCCAAUCAUUCAAAGAAAUCGUCGAUCUCUAAAUAGCAAUAGCCGAAACAGAUAUCAUUUCUUAACUACUUGAUCUUGAAGGAUAAAUCGUAAAUCGCUUAAGAUGAAGAGAAAGAAAAUAUAAACGAGCCUGUAGUAUAAAAGAAUAUGUUUAAUUUUCAAUUUGUGAUUGGAAUAGGAGGUUUUGGAAAAGUUUGGAAGGUGGAGUACAAGAAGAAUGGAUAGAUUUAUGCAAUGAAGGAGAUGUCAAAAGCACUCAUAAUAGCCAAAAAGAGUGUGAAUUCUGUGAUGAAUGAAAGAAACAUCUUGAGCAAUCUCAAGCAUCCAUUUUUAGUGAAUAUCUACUAUGCAUUUUAAGACAGAGAGAACCUAUUCCUUGUUCUAGAUUACAUGUAAGGGGGAGAUCUAAGAUACCAUAUUGGAAAAAUGAGAAGAUUUACUGAAGAUCAGACAAGAUUCUUCAUGGCUUGCAUCUUCUUGGGAUUGGAAUACAUGCAUUCCAAAAACAGUUUACAUCGAGAUAUCAAACCAGAGAAUUUAGUACUUGAUAAACAUGGUAGAAUUCAUCAACUAUAUUGGUUAGGUUAUGUCAGAAUAACGGAUUUGGGAAUAGCUCGGAAUCUAAGGCCUGAGAAUUCAUAGGAUACUUCAGGCACUCCAGGUUAUAUGGCUCCAGAAGUGAUGUGCAGAUAAAAUCAUUCUUUCGCAGUGGAUUAUUUCGCUUUAGGAGUUAUUGGAUAUGAAUUUAUGCUGGGCAAGCGACCAUAUACUGGGAGAACGAGAAAAGAUAUCAGAGAUUAAAUUCUAGCCAAACAAGUUCAGAUUAAAAGAUCAGAAAUACCGGAUAAUUGGUCUCUAGAAUCAGCAGAUUUUAUCAAUAGAUUGAUACAAAGAAAACCAGCUAAUCGAUUGGGUUUCAAUGGACCUCAUGAAUUAAGAUAGCAUUCGUGGUUCAAGAAUUUUCCAUGGUCUAAAUUAAUGAAUAAAGAGUUAAAAUCACCUUACAUUCCUAAUCAAAAUGAAGAUAAUUUUGAUGCUCGUUAGAUAUCUAUGGAAGACGAAGAAAACAAUGAACUAAUACAAUAGCAUUCAAUCAUGUUGAGAAGAAAUUCUAUUUAAUCCUAAUUUUCUGGAUAUGAGAUGGAUAAUUUUAGUGAGAAGCAAAACACAUUGUUUAACAAUUUUUGA